AUGGCAAGAAACACAAAGUCGGCACUUGCCUUCUUCGCAUUGUGCUUCACUCUGUUUGCGAUGGUGUCUAGCGCGAACCUCACACCAAAGAAUUUGGCCGGACCACCAUCCGAGUUUGCCAACUUCCUGUUGCCCAACCCCAAGCAGGUGGCCCAGCAGUCCAACUCUGCUCUCACACCAAUCGUCUUCACACAGAGCAAGACUUCGAACAACAUCGAGUGGAUCACCACCAUCCCCGUCGACGCCUCUGAGCAGUUCACUCUGAGCAUCGUGUCCAACUUCACCUCGCUGCUGACUCUCACCGCCUCGCCCUCAUCCGGCAAGGCUGCCAGCCCAGUCGUCUCGCACGGCGUCUUUGGAAUCGAUGGCAACAUGAUCCCAUCCACCUCAUACCUCUGGAAGUCGGCAUCAGUCGGCGAGUGGACCGUCAAGGUCACCGCCCACGUGUCGCUCCUUGCCACCGAGCACUUUGCUCGCCAGCUCCAGGGCCAGACCCCAUCUGCCUUCUUGCUCGCCAUGAACCCAAGCGAGUUCCAGAUCUACACCUACCUCGAGUCCUACAACAACCUGUUCGUUGGACAGCAGAUCCCCGUUUUGGCCAUGCUCACCAGCAGCCAGGAGGCUCUGCCAGUGGGUGCCCGUCCAGAGGGCUACAUGCCAUCUGCCAUUAAGGCCACUCAGGUCACCGCCACCAUGGACGUCAUCUCGCCCCAGGGACAGACCUCUGCCAUCCCAAUGUUUGACGAUGGUCUUCACUCAGACGGCGCUGCCGAUGAUGGAAUCUACGGAGGUCUGCUCCAGGCCACCGAGGUCGGAAACUACAUGACCUCAGUCGUCUUCCUUGGCACUGCACCAACUGGCGACGACUUGUUCCGUACCACCCAACACAUCAUCCCAGUCACCACCCAGUACGUCACACUCUCUGGAGCCGUCCAGGCCACCCAGUCCGACGACGAGCUCACCCUCAACUUUGAGGUGUCCACCGUUCAGUCUGGCGCACCCAACGUGCGUCUCUACGCUGAGGUCUACGGUACCAACUCCCUCGGCGAGCAGGUCCCAGUUGCCUGGGUCCAGGGUGUCACCCCAGUCCAGAAGGUCAACAACCAGUACGUUGUGCAGGCUGUUCUCAACACCCGUUGGGUCGCCCUCGCCAACGCCACCGCCCCAUUCGCCGUGGCCAACGUCCUCGUCUCUGACAUGAACACAUUCGUCCCAGUGUACCAAUCCACUGAGCAGUCUGCCGUCAAGAUGGCCAACUACGUCGAUGUCCGCGCUCGCGAGUACGUCCCAGCCCUGAACGUCAUCACCAAGGAGAUGCGUGACGGAAAGAUGCCCGCUGAGUUGGCUGCCCGCUACGGAAAGACCGACGCCGCCUCUGGCAACGGAAAGCUGAUCCUCGUCCACGGAUACUGCUCAGACGGUGAUCCCUUCACCCCAACCGACUUCACCAACGCUGUCGUCUUCAGUGAUCUCCGCCAGAACCGUCCACACGACGUGUUUGCCCAGAUGAUCGCCGCCUACGGUGCCAACUACACCGACGGUUUCUCGAUCUGUGGUCACUCCCAGGGUGGUCUUGCCUCGCUGCAUCUGCUCACCUUCUACCACAGCAACCUCGACCUGUCGCUCGCCUUGCCCGGCCGCACCGUUCAGUCGAUCGGCUCCCCAUACCAGGGCACCGGUCUCGCCGGUUCACUGGCCACCAUCGGCAGUGCCAUCGGCAUUGGCUGUUCCGCCAACGACGGUAUGACUCUGGACGGAGCCGCCCUGUGGCUCAGCUCGAUCCCAAUGGAGAAGCGUGCCAUCAUCUACUUCACCACCACCCAGUACAACACCGGUGGUUUGGUCAACUACUGCAACCUGGCCGCCAACUCUGUUCUCAAGUGGCCAAACGAUGGUGUCACCGACUCUGAGCACAACCAGUUGCCAGGCGCCAACUUUGCCAACCACUUCAAGGGAUGGUGCCACACCGUCGACAUGAAGGCUCCAGCCCAAUGCACCAACCAGGACAACAACAAGAACUUUAACGAGCAGUCUGUUUGGUAA